AUGAGUCAAACACGUCCAAUGUUUGUGGCUGGGUGCCAACCUUGGUUAGUAGGACAAACGACGAGCUCGCAUCGCAGCUGGAAGCAACUGACUGGAAUGUUUGCAACUCGCUGGGAAACCGUCCGAGCCUUGCCGCGGAGACCGGCGUGCUGGGCACACAAGCAGCUGGGCGUGCGGCGUGCAGCGCUACGCAAACUGCGCGCAACUGCGAGUCUGAACGAGAAAGCGGGAGCGGACGGAGCGAUCGAAAUCACCGUAGAGUACCAGGACCGAACGGAGGUGGUUCGUUGUCAACCUGGACAGAGUAUCCUGGAAGCGGUUGAGGCAAGCGGUUUAUGGACAGAGGUUCCAAGCUCGUGCAGAGCUGGCGUCUGCACUACGUGCGCUGCCUGGCUUCUCUCAGGGGACGUGGAGGACCCGUUCGCAGCGCUGGAUGCGAACAUUCGGAAAGAGGGGUUCAUUCUGACGUGUUCUUCAACACCGAAAGCAGAUGCAGGCCCAGUUCGCAUCCGCCUUGGAGCGUACGAUCAAGUCUAUGAAAUGCAGUACGGUCGUUUCGAGAAAGCUGCCUAG